UCGAAUUUAUAAACUAUUUUGCUCAAUAUUUUAUUUUGUGAUUAAUUUUGUUAGAUCGUGACAACGAAAAAUUAUUCGAUAUUCUUAAUAUCAUUAGAACUCUGUGAAAAAUGUUUGAGACUAUAGAAUUUGACAAUCUUCCGCUUAUGUUGACAUAUUUUGUCUGGGCCUAUGUCGUUAUAACGUUUGCUGCCUUCAUGUGUAUUUUCAAAUAUAGGAGAUAUAAUUGCCACUUUAUCGUGCAAUUUAUUUUCUCCUUAGUGGUCGAUGUAGCCGUUUGUGUUGGUUUAUGGACUUUUAAUGAUUCCCUCAGGAGACGUGAUGUAAAUAUGGAAAAUUUCGACACAGAAUAUUCUAACGAAAUUGUGACUUGGAAAUUGGCUAUGAAUAUCAUACAGAGAAGUUUGGACUGUUGUGGAACUUUUGGACCCGAUGAUUAUAUAUAUUUGCAAAAUAUGCUAAUGUCCUGCUACAAUAAUAUCACUAACUGCAGUAAUUAAUCACUGCUAAAUGGUUUUCCAUUCUUUUAUUUUUUGUUAUAA